AUGGCAAGACAAAAAAAAGAGGAUCCUCAUUUAAUCAAAAUAAAAAAAGAAAAAGAUGAUAAGAAAAAAGGAGUAGAAGAAAAAAAACCAAAGAAACAAUCGUUAAAAACCAUAAAAAAAGAACCAACUCUUAUUAAAAUUAAAAAAGAAACAACAGAUGGAACAAUAAAUGAAAUUAAAAAAGAAAUUGUACCGAUUAAAAAAGAAAUUCAACCCAUCAAAAAGGAAAUACAAACAAUAAAACAAGAACGUAAAGAAACUUUAUCAAAAGUAUCAUCAAUAUCUGAAAAAACGUCGAUUCUUGUUCCUAAAUCAAAAGUAGUUAAAAAAUCACCUUUGGAAAGAGUAGCAGAAAUAAAUAGAAGAAAUGCACUUACUUCAAUCCCUAAAAAUGCUUUCAUGAAAUUUGUUAAAGAUCUUGUUCUUAGUAAUCAAGACUUUUUAGAUAGAAAUGAACUCCGAUUCCAAAGAGAUGCUAUUCUUGCACUUCACUUUAUUGCAGAAGAUUUUUUGGUAAAGCUCUUUGAAGAUAGUAAUUUAUGUGCCCUUCAUGCCAAACGUGUGACUGUUGAUCUACGUGAUAUUCGUUUAGUCCUUAGAUUAAAGAAGUUGUAUUGA